UCUUCAUCAUCCUCAUCUUUUCUCGAUCAAUCGACCAUGGCUUCUACUUCUUCUGCUUCGAGACCCAAUCUUAAAUCUCUAUCAUUCUCCUCUUCGUCAACACUCAGGGACAAGAAACCAACCCCUUGCUCUGUUUCUUACCCCGUCAACAAAACAUUUCCCAUCUCGUCGUCUCUCCAACCUCCGGCUACGUAUAAACCGACUUCUUGGAAGAAACUAUGUAAAGACGUCGCAUCCUUAAUCCCUAACACGAAGAACCAAGCACAGAGAACCGCCGCUGCGAUUUUAAACGCGGUGGAGAACGCCAUGGUCUCCUACGAGCGCCGCCAUCAUCCGCUCCCUAAAACGGCUGACCCCGACGUACAAAUAGCCGGAAACUUCUUCCCGGUCCCAGAGCAACCAGUCAUACAUAACCUCCCGGUGAACGGAACAGUGCCAGAGUGUAUUCAAGGAGUUUACGUCAGAAACGGAGCCAACCCGCUUCACAAACCAAUCUCCGGCCACCAUUUAUUCGAUGGAGACGGUAUGGUACACGCUGUCCGGUUCAAUAACGGUUCGGUUAGCUAUUCAUGCCGGUUUAUCGAAACAAACCGGUUUGUUCAAGAGCGAGAACUCGGUCGAUCUAUCUUCCCCAAAGCAAUUGGAGAUCUUCACGGACCCUUGGGUAUCGCCAAGCUCAUGCUCUUCAACGCCCGAGGGCUAUUCGGGUUAAUCGACACGACCCGCGGACUCGGUGUGGCUAAUACCGGUUUAAUCUAUUUCAACGGUUAUCUCUUAGCCAUGUCCGAAGACGAUUUACCAUACCAUGUAAUAAUCACCCAAACCGGAGAUUUAAAAACUUCGGGUCGGUACGAUUUCAACGGUCAGCUCAAAACCACAAUGAUCGCCCACCCGAAACUCGACCCGGAAACCGGAGAACUAUUCGCUCUCAGCUACGACGUCGUAUCAAAGCCUUUCUUAAAAUACUUCAGGUUCACAUCCAACGGUGAGAAAUCUCCAGACGUCGAGAUUCCACUUGAUGAACCGACGAUGAUCCACGACUUCGCGAUCACUGAGAACUUCGUGGUGAUACCAGACCAACAAGUGGUGUUCAGAUUAACCGAGAUGGUCAGAGGUGGCUCUCCUGUGGUUUACGACAAGGAGAAGAGAUCAAGAUUUGGUGUUUUGAACAAAUACGAUAAAGAUGCCUCGUUGAAUCGAUGGAUCGAAGUGCCUGAUUGCUUCUGUUUCCAUCUCUGGAACGCUUGGGAGGAGCCAGACACAGACGAGGUUGUCGUGGUAGGGUCAUGCAUGACGCCACCUGACUCAGUUUUCAAAGAACACGACGAAACACUUCAGAGUGUUUUGUCGGAGAUAAGACUAAACCUGAAAACAGGGGAAUCUACACGUCGACAGGUUAUUAUCUCCGAAAAAUUAAAUCUUGAAGCUGGUAUGGUAAACCGGAAUCUUUUAGGUAGAAAAACCCGGUUUGCUUACCUUGCUAUAACCGAACCGUGGCCUAAAGUGUCCGGUUUUGCUAAAGUGGACUUAUCGACCGGAGAUGUUCAAAAAUAUGUUUACGGAGAUGGGAAAUACGGAGGAGAGCCUCUGUUUCUGCCAGAGGUUUCUGGUUAUGGAGAAGACUGUGGUUACAUUAUGGUGUUUGUUCACGACGAGGAGAAAGUGAAAUCGGAGCUACAGAUCAUUAACGCCGUGAGUAUGAAGCUUGAAGCUACGGUUACGCUUCCUUCGAGAGUGCCUUACGGUUUCCACGGAACGUUCAUGAGUGACGAUGAUUUAAUGAAGCAAGCUUUGUGUUAA